AUGGAGAUGAAUCACUCACUUGGUGUUUAUCGAAAUCAUAUUGACGCAGAUAAGGACAUAUAUCAAAGGUUGGUAGGUAAAUUAAUAUACUUGUCACAUACUAGACCUGAUAUUGCAUAUUCUGUAAGCAUUGUAAGCAGAUUUAUGCAUUCUCCUAGUGAGGAACAUAUGAGAGUUGUGUACCGAAUCCUAAAAUAUCUCAGAGGGUCUCCAGGAAAAGGGCUGCUAUUUUCAAAAAAUGAUAGACCAUGCAUUGAAGGCUAUACAGACUCAGAUUGGGCUGGUGAUAAAACUGCAAGGCAAUCAACUUCUGGGUACUUUACUUUUGUAGAAGGAAAUUCAGUCACAUGGAGGAGCAAGAAACAAAAGGUAGUGGCUAGAUCAAGUGUUGAAGCCGAAUUCAGAGGCAUGACUUAUGGUGUCUGUGAACUGUUGUGA